AUGGAUUAUAUUAAAAGUUUAAUCUUUCUACUGAUAAUAUUGUUGCCAUACUCAGAAUUAAAAAGAUACCAUAGAUACAGAUCAAAAAAGUAUUCAUUAACUUUAUCAAUUAGAAAUCAUAAUGUAACAGAUGCCAAAUUUUUCCGUUUAGUUGGUGUUGAUAACACAGUAGAUUUUAACCUUCCCCAAGGAAAAGUUUUUACACACAAGUAUGAGAUCAACAGAAAAGGAUACUGGACAUUAUUUGUAGAGUUUCCUGGUGAAAAAUAUGCCAAAUCUCCAAGGAAAAUAAUCUCCAGAGAUUCUCAUCAACAUUGGAUUAUGGAAGUAUAUUAUUAUCCAGGCAGUGUAGGGUUCAGUGAUUGGCAUAAGAUACAUGAUGUAAAAAAAAGGCGGAAAGCACAAAACUUUUAA